UAUUGACUAUGAAAGAUGAGCUUGGCUUCAGUCUGAACCCAAGUUUGCCCGAACCUGAAAAUAAGCUGAGGGAUCAGGCUUGCAAUCACAGUGUCUGCUUCAUACGCGGGGGUGGACCAGGGGCAGACUGACCAUUCAAGCACUCGGGCACUGCCUGAGGGCCUGGGGUCAGUAGGGGGCCCCAUGAGAUGCCCCUGGUACUUUUUAUAGGCUUUUUUGGGUGUGGUUUGAGUGUGGGUGAGGACACAGGGGCCCCAUGAUCCCCUAUUGCUCGGGGGCCCCAU